GGAUACCGGAAGUAUUUAUCCCGUUUGUUCCGGGUUGAGUGUUGUGGGACAGCAGCUAUGGCCGAUGUUCCAGAGUUGUCGCUCCGGGUCUCCGAAAUUAAGGACCCGGCGGUUCUGUUCGAGCGUUACAGCGCGGAGGAGAUCCGAGGAAUCGAGCGCAAAGUCCGCGGAGAGAUAGAACAGAAGAAGGAAGAGCUGCGGCAGAUGGUCGGGGAGCGGUACCGGGACCUCAUUGACGCAGCCGACACUAUCGGGGAGAUGAAGCAGUGUUCGGGGGAUGUGGUCCGGUCCAUUCAGGACAUGACGCACUACUGUCAGCGGCUGAAACAGAGCAGGAGCGGCGGGAUCUGCCGCGGACAGGAGAUGCAAAGGCAGAGUCAGGAGAAGUUCUUCACCAUGGCCGCCCAGAUCAAGCUCCUCCUGGAGAUCCCUGAGCGUAUUUGGAGUUCUCUGGAAGCCUCUCAGUAUCUGCAGGCCACUCAGCUCUACCUGCUAUGCUGCCACCUGCACCGUCUGUUGCAGCUGCAGCCCUCUGCCGGGGGACACUACAGCCCAGUCCUGGCCCGCUUUCCAAUCCUGGUGCGACAGGUUGCCACCACGGAGCACUUCAGGGCCACCAUUCUCCUGGACAGCAGGUCGGUGCUGCGGGGCCGGGCCGUCUCCGACCAGGCCAUAGCUGAGGCGCUGGUGUCCACUAUGCUGCUGGAGGGAAGCUCCCCUCGCCAGGCUCUGGCAGAUUUCCUGUUGGCCCGCAAAGCUUCCAUUCACCAGCUGCUCAAUCAGCCACAGCACGGUGCUGGGAUUAAAGCGCAGGUGUGCAGUCUGGUGGAGCUGCUGGUGACAACUCUGUUUCAGGCCUACGCUGUCUUCUACCUGCCGCCAGAGGGCGCCCCUCGGCCCGGGGAGACCGGCCUGGCCUCUGGAAUGCUCUUUUCCAUCCUGGAGAAGGUGACAGCCAACACAGCUAAAGGCCGGCGAGUCCUGAGUGAAGACCCCAGCACCGGCAGCUGGUUCAAGUACGUGCCGGCCUCCAUCACUGAGUUCCAGCCCACCCUGCGCACCUUGGCUCAGCCCAUCCAGAGGGAGCAGCUGCGGGACACGCUGCAGCAGUGGAUUGACACCUGUAAGGAGGACAUCUGCCGAGGUGUCAGCAGUCUCCUGGUCUACGUGAAGAGCCUCAAGGCUUUGGCAGCCAUCAGGGAUGCCGUGUGGGACCUGCUGUCCAGCGACUCCAUCAGUCAGCACUGGAGCAGCGUGUGUCAGCGGCUGCUCGACCGCCGCCUGGCUGUCUGGGAUGACUUCCUGCAGCAGCUGUUUCUGCAGCGCCUGCAGACCAUCACGAAAGAAGAAACGGAAGCCAUCUCUGCCAGCUCUGUGCAGCUCUUGUCGUCUGCAGUCAAAGACCUGGUGAGCCAGACCCCCAAAUCCUCUUCUGCGAACGUACCCGGCUCCGGCAGAGGGGCCCAAUAUGAGGCGGACGUGUCGGCUUUCCUGUGGUCUGAGUCAGUGGGGGACCUGCCCGGUGAUGCCGGGUGGGUGAGUGUGGCCCAGCGGGUGCAGCAGCAGCAGCAGAGGAGUGGCCUGGCCAUGAAGACCCAGGCGCUCACGCCCUGUGUGCAGAACUUCUGCUGCUCAAUGGACACCCAGCUGAAGGCCAGACUGGAGGACCUCCAGCAGUACUUGCCCUCUCAGGACACAGACUCCACGUCAGCCCUGACUUCGGCACCGACGGCUGGUCCUGCCCCUGCUUCCUCAUUUGACCGUUUCACCGACUCCCCGGCAGUGGAGGAGGCUCUGCGGAGUGGCUGCCUCGCCUGUGUUCGCCAAAUACUGUCAGCCGUCCACACCACGCUCUCUGCUGCCCCAGCAGAACCAAGUCCCGCCCACCUGAGCUCCGUUCUGUUCCUGGCCCGCCUGUGCCAGUCCAUGGGCCAACUGUGUCCCAACUUGAAGCACUGCAUCCUGGGGAGGAAGACGGAGGCUGCAUCCACCCCUCGGGUCAGCAAGAAGCUUGGCAAGGCCAAGUCGGUGGCAGAGGUCAACCCUGCUCAGGCCCAGUGGGCCGGACUGCAGGAGGAGCUCCUGUCCUGCAGCAUGGAGGCGUAUCAGAUCUGGACCUCUGCCCUCGCCAAAGUUCUGCUGGACAGAUUUGGCUCAGCUCUUAGUGCAGAGACUCCAGGUUCUGUCCUCACCACUGCCACCAACUGGGAGGAUCUGGAGAUACAGGAGGAGACGGAGUCCGGCACCAGCGUCACGUCCAAGAUCCGCCUGCCGGUCCAGCCGUCCUGGUACGUGCAGUCGCUCCUCUUCCAGCUGUGCUUGGAAGUUAACAAGGUCGGCGGUCACGCUCUGCCCCGGCCCACCCUGCAGGAGCUGCUGCACCAGUGUCUGAGCCAGGCGACACAGCACUACCACAGUCUGAGCCAGAGGGACCGCGGCACGGAGAUGGUCUUUCCAAUGACACAGAACCGAGCUCUCCAGAUGUUGUUUGAUCUCCGGUACCUGAACACCACGCUGGGCAGCAGAAUGGAGGAAGGCAAGAGCUCCCGGGCCCAGAAGGAUCCCAUGAUCCAGGAGGUCUGCGAUUGGCUGGAGGGCUUCAUCGACCCCUUUGACCUGGACGUGUUCACGCCGCCGCUCAACGCCAAUCUCAGCCGCCUGUCGCAGAGAACCUCGGUGCUGCUGGGUCUGCUGAGUGGCUCCGAGAAGCACUUCCUGGCUCGGAGCAGCAGCGUGUCAUCACAGGAGCCUUACAACAUCCUGCCGCUGGCCAGCAGCCAGAUCAGGUUUGGUCUGCUGCCUCUCAGCAUGUCCAACGUGCGUAAGUCCAAGUCGCCCGCAUCCACCUCCAGCACUCUGAUGGCCAGUGACAGGGCUCCCACCGUGUCCACAUCCACUUCUGAUGACCAGGUCCGGCCCGGCAGCUUCUUCAGGCAGCUGGCAGAUCAGGACGAGGACGCGGCAGCACCGUCGCUGUUCAAGCUCAGCUGGCUGUCUGGCAAGUGACGCCGCACCACUGGACUUUGCCACGCUUUGUACAGAAUAAAUGAGAGUGAGUAGCUCUGGGUUCUGGGAUCAGUGGCUCCUGUACUGCGUUUCAUUCCCCUGCAGACCGUGCGCCUGGGUCAAACCAGCUCAGACUCUAAUGUCACGUGGAUCUUUAUUUGUUACGUACUGGAAUGUAUUUUCUUCAGAAGAAAGAGCAAUCCUUCUCCCAGCACAGAAGUGACGGUGGAACUACAUUUAAACAUCUUGCAGCUGACGUGGAGACAGAAGUAGUUUCAGGGGGCGAAGAGUGAGAUCCUCCACCCCCAGCGGGUCAGCGAGGAAGCGACCCUUUAGGACAGGAAUCCACUAGGAGUGCUGGUUUCUAAGGUUUCCUCCUCAGCUGCGCUGGAGGAGCUCUCUACUUCUUCCUGUCUAUCUUGCUCAUCAUGGUCUUGACGUCGACCGGAGCAGACGCCGCGGCAGCUUUGGCCUUCUCCUCCUCCUCCUGCUUCCACAGAAUAAUUGGAUGGAUUCCUGGGGCCCGGUUCUGGGCGUUCUGCUCCACCUGGGCCGGGCUGAGAUGGAGCAGAACAUCAGUGCUAGGCUUGGCUGGGACUUUAAAUGGCUCACCUGAAGUUGUGCGGUUCAGGGUUCAGCGCCUUCUUCUGGAUGUCCUUGUAGACUGGAGACUUGAGGUACCGGAAGAACGUGUCCUGGAGCCACCAAAGGUCAAAGUCACUCUCUGUUCCUGGCCACAGAAUCAUGAGUCGAGAUCAGGGUCGGGACGGACCUUUUUCAUCAGCAGGAAGACAUGGGUCUGUGCUGCCUCCAGCACGUAGCGGUGUGGAUGGUCCAGGCCCUUCACAGUGAGCCCCAUCGUUCUGCCGUCGAUGUUGAUCCAGCGGGGGGCGCCAGGUGCCAGAAACAUCCUGAGGUCAGCGCCAGAUUAGCAUUUUAAACAAGGAGGUUCAGACUUCCUCAUUUGUCCUACUUGAAGAUGGACUCUGCUUUGGAGGACAUGGAGGACGCAGUGCCCCACUUCAGUUCCUCAGCAGCCUCCCAAAACGCCAAGUUCUCGCCUGUGACACACAAACACGGCAACACGUGUGGAACAGACGCUGAUGGAAGAGCAGUACAGUCGCUUGUCUGCUGACUGUUGGGGUUUGAAUGGCUCAAGUUCAUCCUCCAUCCACCAAGUCCCUCAUGUUAAGCACCUUUCAUCCAAUUCCCAAACAUCUGCCACAGUUUCUGUAUGCUUCCAGUACAUGAUCUGAACCGACUGGGCGGGCCACAUCUGGCCCCGGGCCACGCGUUUGAACAAACAACUCACCACUGAACUCCUUCUUGAGGAAGAUCUUGAAGUCGUCUCGACCUCUGAGGUCGCUCAGCAGCUCGAACAGGCUGAAGGACCAACGCUCCACCCGCAUCUUGGUGGGCAAGUCCACCCUGGACACACUCAGGCUCCAUUAACCUUCAGGGGUCAGAGGUCAUGCAUCUGCAGGUCGUCCUCUCACCUCCUCAUGUUGAGGUUCCAGUACGAGUCGUUGUCCGUCUGCCAGGGGUUGCUGGGUAGACACGGAGCCAGGAACGGGUCGUGGUUUUUGUAGGUCGUGAUGUACUUGACCAAUCUGGAAGGACACACAGGCUUGGUUGCCAUGGAAACCCACUCUAACCCUGCAGGUGACUUACGCUCCGAGGGACACGCUGGACUUCACCUUUGACCUCAUGAUAGCUUGUUGGUAGAAGAUGUGCUAGACAAGAGACGAGAGACACCGUCAGCAUGCCUUGUUUUGGACCUUAGUCCCAGGACAGUCUCACGCUAAGAAGUGGCUCAGAAACAAAGUUCUUUUUUUAAGCCUGUCUCCAUGUGAGGCUCACUAAACUAGUGUGUGACCGAGGAGGACCAAUAAUGCAAGGCUGACGCUGGAGGGACGCAGGGGUCACUGAGGAAACCUGAUCAACAAAGUGUUGUAGAAAAACCUACCCUUCGCCUGAGCUCAUCAAAGGAUGCGACCUGUGGAGCGAGAGGAGGAGAUGAGAGAGUUUGUUUUCCACUGAUGCCACCGGCCUUAAAGGGAUCUCUCUCACAGUCAACAAUUCUACUGCCGAGACUCUUAGGAUGGUUUUGGGGAAAGGUGGAGAGGAAGGCAGUCAUCUGGAGGUUGUUGAGAAGAGGGACAGUGGAAGGAAAGGUCUGAAGCGUCACAACAGCACGUUUGAGAAGGAUCCCGAGUUGCUUGUCUUGGUUCACGUGACGUUUGACUGAGGGUCUACAUCUGAAGGAACGGCAACACAAACACAACCGCUGCUUUACUCUGGACUCCAUCUGAGGGAAGAGAAAGGAGAGAACGCACAAGAGGACCAGAUUAACUUGACAUUAGCAAUAGUGCUGGGAGAGUGGGAGUGUGAAUGAAAGAUGUUGAGCGUCAUGUGGGUGAGAAACGAUGAUGGAACACCUGAGCUCACUGACCUGUUACCUGCUCCGUGUUGGGAUCGAUCAGACGCUCUGGACCAGUGUCCAUGGCGCUGAACGUGCGCUUCUGGAUGGACGACACGACAGAAACAUCAUCAGCUCAGUCACACCCGGAUCGAAGCACCAAUCAGGUCGUGCAAGGGAGUCACACACUACACACACACACACGUUUGUAUUGCUAUCCGUGUAGGGACAUUGUGAGGAUUCUCAUUGCCAUAACCUUUUCCCCAGCUUCUCGCCCUAAACUCAACCCUCCAAAACAAGUGGCUCACCUUAACCAGGACUCUGAACCAAACUGGCACCCAGUUUUAAUGACCCAGUUAUUUUGAAGUCUUCAUCCUCAAAGUGAGGACCGGCCAAAAUGUCGUCACUAUGUUGAUUACAACUCAUACAGGUUCUCUCAAAGAUAGAAGUACAAGAACACGCACGCACGCACCACACAGACACUGACCGGGGGCCUGUUCACUAUCCAGAAAGCUCUCUCCUGGCAGUCGAACACCACGCGGUCCGGCUUCUUCCGCUCCUUCCCGGCUCUGAAGGAGAGAGCAGUGACUGAUCGUGUGAAGGCAGAAAUGUACUGCAGCCUCUCAGACACAACGUGGAUCUCAGAACUCCCCAGCAAAUCUGAAUACUAUUUUUACAUGCGGCCAUGAACAGGAGGGUUUGUAACCAUCAACAUCACUAAAGUACAUUAUAAAUAUGAUCUUUCUGUACAAACCAUUUUAAAUGUCCUUAAAUCAGAGCUGAUGGACGUCAAAGUACAAACAUUUCACUCAGCAGAAGUCCAUAUCUUCAUCCUCUAACCUCAACAGAUAAAGUUCAUUGAUCUGUUCUGUCAGCUUGUUUACAAUCGCGCUCCUCCAGUGAUGACACUGACGUCCCACAAUGCAAUGCGGCGUGAUGUAACUUCGCAAGCUCGUCCAAACUUUAUUAUAGAUAUUUAACCUUCCGUCACUGUAUCCAGUGGAUCACAAUAAAAGCUUGUGUUUCAACAAUUAUCUAUUCUUUAUGUCAGCGGUUUUGCCGGACAUGUCGCGAGUAUAUCUCAAACUUGAUCAAACUGGAAGUUAAAAUUUUCACAAUUUACAAACGAAAAUACUGGCACAGCUGCAGCAUAACAAUAGCCGUUCAGUGAAAACCUUUUAGUGUCAUUAUUACAGAAACCGUGAAAGUAUCAGAAGUGAGGACAAGCACUGUCUAGUUCUACACGCGUCUUACUUGUACUGCUCGGUGGCCUGCAUGACAAUGAAGUCCCACUUGUGAUUCAGCCAUUUGUGGAGGUGGUUGUAAUGCGCCUGUUGAACCACAGGAAACAUGAAAGAACGUCAGAAACAUCUGCUACUUUUUCUCUACAGAUGAGGGUAGCCAUGUUCGCUCAUCUGUAGAGACUCAGAGAUGCCAUCUGAAAUAAAUAUUCAUAAAACAUAUAUAACACAGAGCUCGCUGGUGCCCACUGUAGGUGUGUCCUGAGGGCUGUUUUCAAAAAUGUCCCACUGUUGGAAGCUGAGUGGGAGAUGAAUGUUCCACCUGCCCCUCGGUGAGCGCAGUUCUUGGCUCAUACCUGCUCGUACGGUUCCAGCUGACCCUUCUUACGGAUGUUCCUCUUUGCCAGGUAAAUGGCUGCAAAAACAAUGGCUCAGGUUACACCAGCUGGGAAGGCAGAUUCAGCUCAGGUGCUGGGCUCCUCUGAAUGGUUUCUUCUGCUCACCGUAGUCUGUGUCUUCCGCAAACCAUUUCUGUGUCGGCCAGAAAUAUGGAGUCUGGAAACCAAGGGUGCAGGAAGAGGCUUGACCCAACAGGUUUACAUCCAGAUACGAGGUCACCAUUUGUUGUUAAGCCAAUUCAGUUCAAUUAAAAAUAGUUUUUUUUAGAGGCAACUAUUGUGUGUUUUACAUCAAAACAAUAUUGUCGGAAAUAUUAAAGGACCCAGUGGUGUUUCAACACUUCACACUGACUGUUGAGGACGGA